CCGGUUGUUGAGGAAGCGAACCGCGCCGCUCCUGCGUUCGCAAAGAUAUUCAAGGAAAUGGUCAUCAUCACAGACCCAGCUAGACCUCUACCUCGCGCCGCCAAGGGGACAAUCGUCCGGAAGCAAGCGCUAGCUGUUUAUGAGAGAGAAAUCAACAACUUGUAUGCGACUGUAGAACAGAGCGGGAACACCGAAAACAUCCCGCCGCCGCCUUCCUGGACGGUCCCCGACGUGCAAGCGUGGCUCCAGAAACACGCCUGCAUCCUGACCAACCGCGACACCAUCCCGCCGUCCAAGGAUCUGUUCGACCAAGGGUUCGACAGCCUGUACGCGACGUUCCUCCGGAACCGCAUCAUCGGCGCCCUCCGCGCCGACCCCGAGACCAGGCCGUCCGCGCGGCACGUCUCACAGAACUUCGUGUUCGAGCACCCGACGCUCCGCAACCUCGCCAUCGCCAUCGGCAUCCUCACCGGGCAGGACGUCCACUCGGGAGCGGGCGCGGGCGCCGCGAGGGGCGCCUGGGAAGAGUCCGUCCGGGCCAUGGUCGACAAGUACGCGGCGGACCUGCCCGCGGCGGCCGCUGCUGCUGCUGCGGAGGGACAACGCGACGGCCGCGAGGUCGCUGUGUUGCUCACCGGGUCCACCGGCGCGGUCGGCGCGCACAUCCUCGCGUCCCUCCUGGCCAACCCGCGGAUCGGCAAGGUGUACACCCUGAACCGGAAGGCCCGGGUGACGUACGACCGCCAGCAGACGGCGUUCACGGAGAGAAGCCUCGACCCGUGGCUGCUCGAAGCCCCGAAGCUCGUGCAGCUCACGGGAGACCUGAACGACGACGGCUUCGGGCUCAGGCCGAGGGUCUUCGAGGAGCUCAAGACGGGCGUGACACACGUGAUCCACAACGCCUGGCACGUCGACUUCAACCGCGCCCUCGACGCGUUCGAGUGCCACGUCGCCGGGACGCGGAGGCUGCUCGACUUCUGCAGCGGCAGCAGCAGCAGCAGCAGCAGCGCCGCCGCCGCCCGCUCGCGCCCCGCGCGGCUCCUCUUCACGUCCUCCGUCUCCGCCACCUACCGCUGGGACGUCGCGCGGGGGCCCGUCCCCGAGGAGGCGCUGCCCGACCCGCGCGUGGCCGCAGCGAACGGGUACGGCGCGUCCAAGUUCGUCGUGGAACAGGUGCUGGCGCGUGCGGCCGCACGCGGCCUCGAGUGCACGGCCAUCCGGCUGGGCCAGGUCUGCGGACCUGAAGCGUCGGGCGCCUGGUCCGCCCAGGACUGGCUCCCCAUCCUCGUCAAGACGAGCGUCAACCUGGGCUCGUUCCCAGACCUCACAGGGACGGUCUCCUGGGCGCCCGCGGACGUCGUGGCGGACACGUUCGUCGACCUCGUCCUGUCCGCGGCCCGCCUCCCGCCGACGCUCAACCUCGUCCACCCGCACCCCGUAGAGUGGCGCGCUGUCGUCCGGGCGCUGAACGCCUCCCUGGGCAGCAGAGGGCGCCGCCACAGCCCCCUGCCCGUCGUCCCGUACGCCGCCUGGCUCGCCGCCGUCGCGGCGCUGCCCAUGACCAGCUUCAACAUGGACCGCUUCGUACGUACCCUGCUCCCCUUUUCUUCUCCUGUUCUCUGGCCGUUCGAUGUGUGA